CGUAAAUAAACGCUGUGGAGCGCGGCAGCUGCGACGGAAAGUGAAAACAUUUGCUCGCUGUCGCUGUGUGCCAUGGUGAAGCGGCAAGCAGCAACCACCGACGACUCUAGAAGCAGACCUGCCUAACAGCAGUGACUGCAGCUGUGGCAGUCUUGCCUUCUCAGACCUUCCCCCUGCCCCUGUCCCCUGUUCUACCUUUGGAUUGAAGUUCAUCCUUCCAGCCUGCUGCUCUUGCCACACACGGUGAGCACACCAUGGUGGAUGUCACCAAAUGGCCCCUUUUCAGCCUGAUGGGGCCUCAGGAGCUCUCUUCCAUACGGAAAGCAUGCGUAUUUGGAUCAUCAGCUAAUGAGGCCAUCUACAUUACCAAUGAUGAUGAGGUGUUUGUGUUUGGGCUGAACUGCAGUAACUGCCUGGGAACAGGGGACAGCCUGAGCACAAUUGUACCCAAGAAGCUGGACUUCCUGACUGGUAGAAAGGUGGUCAGCCUGAGCUACGGUAGUGGACCCCACAUCCUGCUGGCCACAGAGGAUGGAGAGGUAUUUGCCUGGGGCCAUAACGGCUACAGCCAGCUGGGAAAUGGGACAACCAACCAAGGAGUAGCUCCAGUGCUCGUGUCUGCCAACCUGCUCAAUAAGAAGGUCACAGAGGUGGCCUGUGGCUCUCACCACUCAAUGGCUCUGACUGACACAGGAGAAGUGUAUGCAUGGGGCUACAAUAACUGUGGUCAAGUGGGCUCAGGCUCCACAGCGAACCAGCCCACGCCCCGCAGAGUGUCCAGCUGCCUGCAGAACAAGGUGGUUGUGAGUAUUGUCUGUGGUCAGACCUCAUCUCUGGCAGUAGUGGACAACGGAGAGGUGUACGGCUGGGGCUAUAACGGGAAUGGACAACUUGGACUUGGAAACAACGGGAACCAGCUCACUCCCUGUCGACUUGUAGCUUUGCAGGGUUUAUGUGUGCAACAGAUUGUGUCAGGGUAUGCACACUCCAUGGCACUAACAGACGAAGGGUUGGUUUACGCUUGGGGUGCCAACACGUAUGGACAGCUGGGUACUGGCAACAAGAGCAACCAGCUGAGCCCAGUUCAGAUUCUGACUGAGAAAGAGAGAAUUGUAGAAAUUGCUGCCUGUCAUUCCACACAUACAUCAGCUGCUAAAACCCAGAGUGGCCAGGUGUACAUGUGGGGCCAGUGCAGGGGCCAGUCCAUAGUACUCCCUCACCUGACACACUUUACCUGUACCGAUGAUGUCUUUGCCUGCUUUGCCACCCCCUCAGUUAUGUGGAGGCUUCUUUCAGUGGAGCACGAUGACUUCUUGACUGUGGCUCAGUCUCUGAAAAAGGAGUUUGACAACCCAGAGACAGCGGACCUCAAAUUCUGCGUUGAUGGGAAAUAUAUCUAUGUCCAUAAAGCAGUUCUCAAGAUCAGGUGUGAACACUUCAGAUCAAUGUUCCAGUCUCACUGGAAUGAAGACAUGAAGGAGGUGAUUGAAAUAGACCAGUUCUCGUACCCCGUAUACCGCUCGUUUCUGGAGUUCCUCUACACAGACAAUGUGGAAUUGCCUCCUGAGGAUGCUAUUGGGCUGCUGGAUCUGGCCACCUCAUAUUGUGAGAACCGCCUUAAACGUCUGUGUCAACACAUCAUCAAAAGGGGAAUCACCGUAGAGAACGCUUUCUCUCUGCUGUCUGCUGCUGUGCGCUAUGAUGCAGAGGACCUUGAAGAAUUUUGCUUCAAGUUCUGCGUAAAUCACCUGACUGAGGUGACUCAGACCACUGCUUUCUGGCAGAUUGACGGUAAUCUGCUCAAAGAUUUCAUUUGUCGAGCCAGUCGCUGCGGAGCCUUCAGAAACUGACCUCGUCUCAAGGUACUGAUUGGGACCGAUGCAGAACACGCUGCGGGACUCCAGGAAGGAUUUCACCUAAUACUUCAUUACCAUAGGUUGACUGCACAUAUUUUCACUGACAGGUGGUCACACAGUAGAAAUCUUUAGAUUUACCAUCACCGUCAGAUUUGUGGUUCAUCUUAAUGCAGACUCUACUGCUACUGAAAUUAGAAGCUGGAAGGUAGCAGCAUUGUUUCGUAAUGCUGUUACUGUUUCUAACAGUGCCUGAGCUUAAUCUGUAUAAUGGAGGAGCUCGGUUUCAUUCAGAGGCAUGCUAUUGCUUGAUGAAUUUAUUUCUUUUUAACUAAAAAGAUUCAUGCCAGUUGCCUUAUUUGGCUUUACUUUUUCUAGUAUUAUGUUUAAGUGACCAAGUUACUUCUGGGUUUUGCAUGUGUAUUUUCAGGAUUUUUACUUCGCUUAACUAGAAGAGAUUACAAUUUGGAUGUCAUUUAGAUUUAUGGUUUUCAGUACGAAACGUGAGACACUGACCUACCAUUAAUUCUGAAGCAUCCAAAGCUGGAUUAAAUCUGUGUAGGUCAACUUCCAGGCAAUAAAUAGUGGUCUUGGUGACUUCCACAGCUGCUACGGUGUCAUCUUCUAUUGAAAUUUUAAGAUGAUCCAAAGAUAGGAAUUCAGGUUCAGUCUUUAAAUUUUUGCAUUUCAUAUGUUGGACUGUGUUAUUAUAAGCCGCUAAAAGCUCCACAAUAUCUAUUUACGGGCAGUUAAACAUGCCUGGUUAUCAGCUCACACAAACAGGGAGCCAUUCAAACUCAGUUUAAGGCAAGUCGCCUUAGACUUCCAUCUGCUGUAUGCUGAAAACAGUGUUUUACAGUAUUAACAUUUAUAAAUGUUUUUUUUUUUUUUUUUUGGAACUUCUGCACUACUGCUUUAAAUAUUUUUGAAAGACAUAUUUGCAAAUUUCUAUGAAGGACACGACUCAUUUUUUUUUUUUUAAAUUAGGGGUUAUGAAGUACCAGUUAAAUUUUGUAACCUAUUUAAGGAAACGA